CAGGCGUGCAUGCCGCGCGUUUCGUUUAGAUCGCGACAUCGCAGUUGGUUGUUUAUUCUAUGACAUCGCGAACGCGUGGCAACUCCCACUGUGCGCCAACACUCCCUCUGUCUCGGCGUUGCGCUCUGUCUUGUACUUUCGAAAGCAUUGAGCACUGUCUUGCUCGCACAAGGUGCGAUUUUAAUUCAAACAUGGAGCUCACAGUACCCGCCUUUAUGAAAAGGUGUAUUGACUCCUACGAAGCGUUGAGAGGAAAGGUCCCAAGUGAAGUGGGAAUUGCCUUCUGGGAUGCCGUUGUUAUGUCAGCUGCUGAUGAAGAACAAGCUGCUGCAUUCCAUGAACAAAUCACUCAAAGGAAAGAGAAGAAUCUCAUACCUCUUGUGCCGUAUCAUGUGUUCUCAGAUCCGCCUGGACCAAAAGUUGGUUCAGGUGGUGCAACCCUUCACAUACUUGAGCAACUUCAUAACAUAUAUGGAGAAGAACAAAGACGUAUGAGAAUCUUGCUUAUUCAUACUGGUGGUCAAAGCAAGCGCCUCCCAAGCCACAGUGCUCUGGGAAAGCUGUUUGCACUUCUGCCAGUCGUAGCUGCCACCGAGCUACAAAUGUUUGACCUAAAGAUGGCCAUGUACUCUCCAUUCCUGGCCAAGAUGAGGGCUGGCGUGUUUUUGACUUGCUCGGAUGAUAUAGAGACUUACACACUUCCUCCUCUUGAAGAAAUGGCACAGUCAGGCCAGUGGAGCUUUGACAACUCCGGAUUCACCGCACUUGCACAUCCAUCCCCCGUUUCAGUGGGGUUAACACAUGGAGUCUAUGUCCUGCCAAAGGAAGUACAAUGUAGCUCUGUGUGUCUGACAACCAAGUGCCUUGAAGUUCUGCAGAAGCCCACAGAGAAGCUUAUGCAUGACAAGGGUGCAAUUUUCAAAAAAGGAGAAGGAGAUAGCGCCAAAGAGUUCGCGUACACCGACAGCGCAUUCUUCUUUGAUUGCUCUGUGGUGGACAAACUCAUCAAGUUCUACGCCCAGAUCAAGCCUGUGACCCAAGAAAUCGACGCCUACAGAGAUUUUCUGCAGCUUCUAGGUAGUCGUUCAAGGGGAUGUGAUUCAAAGACAGGUGAAGGUGGAGCAGGUGACCAGCUCAGGGUCCAGCAAGUCCUUCAAGACUGUGAGCUACAUGUAGUAGUGCUGCCAUUGUCAAGGUUUUACCACCUUGGAACAAUGCAGGAGUACAUAGACAACUUGUGUUUCAGUGAGACUUUUGCAGAGGAGUUGCAAACCUCUAGGUUUGUGCACAGCAAGCUUAUUCCUUUUGAGGUUUGUGUGCCUAGCAACAUUUCUGGAGUAAUAAUGCACUCCCUAAUUAACCCAAGAUCUACCAUCCCGCAUUCGGGAGUUGUAGAACACUGUAGGUUGGAAGUGCCAAUUAAGAUGGGCGAUAAGUGCAUUCUCAGCAAUUGCCGACUGGAAAAACUAGGCAACAAGGUGGUGGAAGUUCCAGGUAAUGCUAUUAUAUUUACCAUCAGUGUAAAAAGUGCCACUUGCAAAGGGUAUGCCACACUCGCCUUUGGAAUCGAUGAUGACUUGAAGUUGGUGGCAAGUGAUGUAAAGGAACUGUCCUACUUUGGAAAGAAGCUGGGUCUGUUGGAAAAUUCCAAGCUCGUUAUGUGCAACUCACUAUUUACCACCUAUCGUGCUGCAUCAUCUCUCUGGGAAGCAAAACUUUUUUCGGUGAAGCCCACAAUGACAGAAGCAUUUCUGUCAACGUUAGAAUUGGUGCAAGCAGUAGUACAAGAUGUCCCUCAAGUGCCCAAACAAAAGAACAGUGUGGAGGUGAGCAUGGAAGAUGUAUUAAGAUGGAAAGACAUACGAGCACUUCUUAGGCACCAAAGUAAAAUAUUUAGUUAAUAAAGUGACUAAGUUAUUGCAUAAACGAGAAGAGAGGGGGUUAACUGAGGGUCCCAAUUUUUAUUAGUCAUAUCAUAAGAAGCUAUCAUAGCAUAAGAAGAAUAUCAUAAGUGAAUGAAAAAACAACUUGCCGCAGGUGGGAACCGAACCUUUCGGUUCCCACCUGCGGCAAGUUGUUUUUCAUCCACUUUAAUUUCCAUUAAUUUAUCAUUUCUUUAUUUCAUUUAUUAGGCACAAGUAAUUUCCCCUAUGUUGUUCUUGGUGUCAGUGUUUGUUGGCUCCUUAUGAUAUGACUAAUAAAAAUCGGGCCCCUCUGCUAACCCCCUUUCUUCGCAUUUAUUACAUAACGAGGGUCUCGAAUCCGGCUACAUUGAUGCCUUCCGGGAGCAUAUGUGGGCUUAUUGACCAGCCUUCACCCAAAAAGAUCACAUUCUCGUGACGCCUGCGGCAAAAAGGACGUUCCACGUGCGCCGCCAAGGUCUGUGAGUGGUGGCGCUGGCUAACACUCCCAGGGUUCUACUAGUACACAUAAAUACCCAAGAAAGUGGAUGGGGAAACAGCGCUGCGGUAGCUCAAUUGGUAGAGCAUCGCACGCGAAAUGCGAAGGUUGUGGGUUCGGUUCCCACCUGCGGCAAGUUGCUUAUUCAUACACUUUAAUUUCCAUUAAUGUAUCUUUUCUUUAUUUCAUUUAUUAAGCACAAGUAAUUUCCCCUAUGUUGUCCUUGGUGUCAGUGUUUGUUAGCUUCUUAUGAUAAGUAUUGCAUGGCAUUUGUGCUACUGUCAAACCCGGCUAUAUCGAACUCGCAAAAAACGCCUAUCAGUUCGAUAUAGAGCAUAAUUCAAUAUAAGCCUGCUAAAUAAUUGCAUGUCAUAAAAGCACAUACCAUUUAUAAAAUCGCUUUAUUGAUGAAACUAGCUUAGUUUCGCAUGAAAUAGUCCUGUAUUUUCUUCUGCUUGGGCAAUUUCGCUACCUGUGAUGCACGCACUUCUUCACAUUGUCUAAAGAAUCGGAGCAGCUGAGGCCGCAACCUUCCACAUUUGCGCAGAAGCACUGGACUAGUGCAAGCGCACCGAUCACCUAGGAGGAUGUUGGCAAAGGACCGUUGUUGCUUUCCUCAUUUUGCCCACUUUCACUUGUACUCGGUAUGAUGUCAGCAAUGCAGUCUUCAUUUUCGGGCUCUCCUGUGGUCGCAACACCAUCAUCUGCACUCGUCGACCGUUGAUUCGUCAAUGGCUUCCAGAAAUUCUGACAACUCACUCCAAGCUUCGGCAACACCGACAACAGCUUCGUCGUAGUCAUCAGAAUUUAGUCAUCACCGGGCACGCAAAAGCCGGCACAUCUGAAGCAGUUUCAUAUGAGCCACUUGUACAUGGCCUUGUGUACACGUCUGGCACCCCAGGCAACGGGUCGCGAGUUUGUCCGCUUUAGCCCUAAUCUCCCCUUUAUUCUUCAAGAUCGUGCUGAGAGUGCUCUUCGGAAUCUUGCAUGCUGCGGGUACAUCCGACUUCUCACCACGUUCAACUCGAUUGAUAAUUUCGAGCUUCACAGCAAAAGGCAAGUUCUGCCGCUUGAUCAUGGCAACACUGUUGGAGAAGGCCCACAAGGUGCAAACACAUUGAACCAGAAAAACAGCGAGACAACUCGCAAACUCUCACUUGCGCCAUCUUGUACGACGAGGGCACAAGAGCGGGAUUGGCUGUCUGAGCAAGCGCUGCAGGCGGACCAGGAUCACUUUUUUGCAGGGGAGUGUCGACGGCUCACCUGAUGCUGCGCGGUCACAGUAGGAAGAGCAGUUGGAUGGAGCCGCACCGCCGGGUUUCCCCGCCGCGGCCGCAAGGGAAAGCCAACUUCUGGGGGCACUUUUGCGCCGCUUGACGUUCAAUAUAUCGGGAUUCGCUGCUAUUUUUGUUGGCUGUAAGCGUAAUUUUUGCUAUAUAUACUCAUUGUAACUAUACCGUGUUCAGAAAUUGUUCAAUAUACAGAAUAAUUCGAUGUAAAUGGAUUCGAUAUAGUCUGGUUUGACUAUACAGUCAUGUCUGACAAGUUCAUUAUUUGUUACUUGUGAAACUUGGGUGUAUCCAAUAAAGGGGCAGCGAUGUUUAGCAAACUUCAAUAGUCCAGAAGUGAUUUAUUAUGCAUGCUGCUGUGCAAGCUGCACACAUUGUAGCAGCAUGCCAGAAAUUCCAAAGCUAAUUUACAGCAGUCAAUUACAUUCUGAUAAUUAUUCCUGAAAAGCACAUUUUUGUCAGCUUUCUUGAGCAGCCCACUGAAGUUUACAUUACGUGAUGAAUGUGCCGAACAUAAAUUGGCAAAAUAAAUGGAACUCGCUCAGACUCGCCGAAAUCUGAUUCAGUCUGGCUCACUUGAUUCAGACUUACAAGAAAUUGAACAAGGCAAUGUUUGCUUAAGCCAAGAUCAGGCGACCAGACUAAGAUCAGGCGCACUUUGGCUCAUUCGGACUCGAACUCACCAGAUAUCACACCCAGCCAGGCUCACUCAGACUCAGAGUAAGCAGAUCCACUUAGACCUUCACUCACUUCAGCCUCACGGAGUCACUCAGAUUCAUUCAACCUCAUGAAAUUGUGAAUUCACUCAUUUGCAAACUAAAGCUCACAGGCUCGUAACUCGCAUGGAUUCGGAAUCAUCAGUUCAGUGAAACGAUAGUGCUACUCAGUCAGAUCAAUGUGCACUGGCAUAAUUGUUAGAAGGUUGGAUAGGUGCGCUACAGAUGAAAUAGAAGUGUGUAAGAAAGUAGUUGGAAAUUACACACACUAUUAUGAGUGUAAUGUUCACAUAAAUACAGUAACUAAUAUGGUUGAUGCCAUUUUAUUCUUGUGUUAACCCCUAUUCAUUAUAUAUGUUCUUGUACCACAAAACUGAAAUUAAAGGUUGAUUUAUCGAU